AGUAGAUAAUUUUUCAACAAGGAUGUUAGCGUGUAUUCUGUAUAGACAAUAACCUGGUUAUGAUGGCAGAACGAUCAAUACCUGUGCCCGAUUGAAGGUAAUCAAUAACACGUUAUAGUCGCCAUAUUAUUUAUGGCGUUUGUCGCAUGUUUCCUAUGUCACUGGUCGAAGCCGACGAGUCAUAUCGAACAUUCCUGCCUCUCCCAGUGUUCGUCAAUUAUGACGAUGUCAGGUCGACAUGUUAUAUAGCUUCUUGUGAAAUGGUCGUGAUUUUUUGCCUGUUCGAUUAACUAACUACAUGUAUCUUCCGUUGCUUCGCAACACAAGCGGCACAGACUGUCAUUUGUUGUGGAAGUUACCGGAGAAUUUGCUCUACGCCGCGAAUUGCAGCUAAAGUGGGACUUAGGACUGCAAUUGUGGAGGAAAAAAUAAGUGGAUAAAAAAAAGAGGAAAAAAGUACUGAAGCACACUCGAUGGAUUCCACAAAGGCAGUGCUGGAUGCCAUACUGGAAGCAGAAAGUGAUUGCUGCCCACCACCCUCGCUGGUGCCGAGGGAAGAUGUGGAGUCCAUGGAGAGUGAAGUGCAGAAUGACAUGAAGCCAGUGUUUGCAUUGUUGGUUCCUCUUACACCCAGUGAAGAACCAAUGGUAUCCUCAAUGGGAUGUGCCUACGAUAAUAUAAGGUUGACUGAAAAUACUGGUGGGAGCUGUGGCAUUUCGUUUGAAGAAUCUGUUAAUCAAGGAGAAGUCAUUGAUGAGCUGGGAAUAGGUGCAGAGGGGUCGCCACAUGUCUCCAUGUGUGGUAGUCUAACGCAAGGAUUACUGUCUCAAGAGGAUGACUCAUUCAGCACCAGAUACAAUUGUAGUUUGGAGGUAAAAGAAGUUCAUGAAUUUAGCUGUAGUUUCUGUCUACAGCGAUUUCCGUCAAAAUACUCCCUCGUAAUGCAUGUAUUUAUCCACAUAGAUGGUGUGCAGCCACCUAAACAUGUUUGUAAGUCAUGUGGUGAGGUAUUUCCCAGUAAUGACAGCUUGAACAAACAUUUGAAAAUGAGCGAAGGUGAUAAAGUUUUACCUGCUGAUAAUGAUAAGACAUUUGACAGCUCUGAUGACCAUGAAAACAUUAUCUUCUUGGAAGGUGACAGAAAACUUUCUAUCAUGGUGCAGACGGAGAAGCAAUCUUCAUCCAAGGAAUGUUGGAAAAGUUCAAAGAAAUCCUUCAAUGACACACUUCACACUCAGACUGUGACAUGUGUUGCAGAGAAACCGGACUGACAUGAUCAUUCUGCAACUUCAUCUACAACAGGUAAUGUCAAUGCCAACAGUGUUUUAAUUACUCCAGAGAAAACACACAAAUGUGAUGGUUGUGAAAAGUCUUAUACUCAGUUGGGCAAGCUAAGGAACCACACAUUUUCAAACA